AUGGCACUCCAAGAAGUCAUUCAAGAGCCGAUUGGAAAGAGUAUUUGUAGCGAACAUGGAGAUAUACAGGACAUGUUCUGUAUGGAUUGUGAAGAGCAGAUUUGUCUGAUAUGUGGGCAACAAAAUCACAAAUCACAUGACUGGAACAGAAAGACAACAUUUUUAGAGCGCGUCAGAUCGGAGAUUGAAGAAGAAUGUAGCCUUGUCCGACAACAGAAGAUCCCUCUUCUUAAAGCAGAGAUUGAAAAAAUCAAAAACCUUAGAGAUGAAAAUGACAAACAUUUUCUAGCAAAAGUGGAAACCAUUUCACUAAACGCAGAACAUGUUGUGACGAUCUUGAAAAGAUUAUCGCGUGAUUUGAUGGGACAUUGCAAAUCAUUGCACGAACAGUUCGAAGAAAGACUUAACACACAACAAAAUGAAGGAGAAAGUUGUAUCGCACAGUUUGAAUGUUGUCUCAAAGACGUUGAUGAAAAGAGAAAACAUGUAGAUUUGAUCGCAUUAUUGCAGCUUAAAAAAGAAAUGAAGUCAAUACCUUACCCUGUAGAAAGUUCAGAAAUGAUACGCACUUAUAUAAAACGCCUGGAUCACAUUGAAUAUGUGGAAGGAUCUAUUGUUGAAACCCUUCUUCAUUCAUUUUUAGGAACUAUAUAUCAAUCCUACUCCAAUGUGACAGUUUCUAAAACAUAUGAAGCAAAGAAAGGAACAAACAUGAUCAAGUACAUAUCCCCAACGUCUGGACAUCAAGCCUGGUUUAGAGAAUUUCGAUCCCUUGAAAAUGUUUUGAUUGACAUUAAAACUGACACCACAGAGACUGAAAAUGCGGAAAAGACUUAUUCUGGUCCUAUUCCAGAUGAUUUGAUAACUUUACCAAAUGGUGUUAAUGUUUACACAUGGCAUACAGGUCAUUGCGUAAUGAAAGAGUCUUCUGCCAUGACCAGGGACAGUGUAAUGACCACCAAAAGAGAAGUAAAACUCGCAGAUUUAUCUCCCUUGUUCCCAGCUGGAAUCUGUGCCACCGUAGAGGGUCGGUUUCUUGUGUCUGCUAUAGAUACCACUGCUGAAAACGAACUUCUUUUCACUUGGAUGAUGCAUGGACAGAUGGUUGUUCUGUCCUCUUGUGGGAAAUUCAAGUUUAACUACAGAGGAACAGGUUCUGAAAAGGAUGAUUUUGAUCCAAGAGCUAUAUGUUGUGAUGCUGGGAACUUAAAUUUAUCUACCAGGGAUGCGGUACGAAGCAAUUGGAGUUUGAUCCAAGAGGUUUAUGUUGCGAUUCUGCCGGACAUAUUCUCCUAUGUGACUAUGGUACAAGGUCUGUGCAUCUUCUAG